AUGACAGGUGCCACGCAAAUUGCCCCGAGACGUCUUUACAGAUACCAUGUUCCAGAAGCUAUUCAGCAACAUAUCGAUUACAUACAUCCCGGAAUUCGAGUUGCUGCGGGAAGGGGAAAGAUUCAGCGUUUUGAAAAUUCCGGCCAAACUGCUCAAUGGCACCCCAAUGGUGACUUGGCGCACUGUGACCAAGUUAUUACCCCGGACUAUAUCAAGGCUCUCUACCAGAUUCCCGCUGCGCCAUCUGUCGUGAAUGCCAAAAAUGCACUAGGAAUUUUCGAGGAGGGAUACUACGAUGUGAAAGAAGACCUCAAUCUCUUUUACCAGAACUUCUCUCUGAGUAUUCCUCAAAACACACAACCCAACGUCUCUUUCGUUGACCAGGCAUUGCUUGCUGCAUCUAAUCCCUAUGUAGCAGGGGAAUUUAGUCUCGAUGUGGAGCUUGCCUACCCGAUCGUUUACCCACAGAAGAUUACACUCUUCCCGACUGACGACACUUACUACAUCGAGAACUCUUCCUACGAUAGUGGGGUUUUCAAUACCUUCCUGGAUGCCCUAGAUGGGUCUUACUGCACAUAUUGUGCUUAUGGAGAAUGUGGGGACGACCCAGACCUAGAUCCCAUACAUCUGGAUUCCAAUAGCGGUGGCUAUAACGGGACCUUGAUGUGUGGUGUGUACGAGCCGACAAAUGUUAUUUCCAUUUCCUAUGGACUUCAGGAGGACGAUCUACCCGUUGCGUACCAGAAGCGCCAAUGCAAUGAAUGUCUCAAACUAGGCUUGCAAGGGAUCACCGUCCUCGUGGCCUCUGGCGAUGCGGGUGUCGGCAGACCAGCAGGCGACGAUAGUACCAAUGGUUGCCUUGGACCCGAAGGUAAGAUAUUUAGCCCUGCUUUACCCAACACUUGCCCCUGGAUUACCAAUGUCGGUGCUACAAAGGUCUACCCAGGCCAUACAGCGUUCGAGACUGAGAGUGCCGCGAAUGAUCCAUCGACUUGUUUUGCCUCUGGGGGUGGCUUCAGUAAUAUUUACCCUGUUCCCCAGUAUCAAGCGGCAGCCGUUGCGAGAUAUUUCGAAACUAUCAACCUGCCAUAUGCUUCUUAUUCUGGUGAAGCAAAUCUAAAUACCACCAGCGGUGCAUACAACAGCAGUGGUCGAGGAUACCCUGACGUUGCCGCUAAUGGAGACAACAUCGCUGUCUGGGCUAAUGGCACAUUCGCUUUGGAGGGUGUUACAAGUGGUAGUACACCAAUCUUUGCGUCCAUCGUCAAUCGCCUCGUGGAAGCUCGUAUGGCAAUCGGUAAAGGUCGGCUUGGAUUUAUCGCUCCAGCUUUGUAUGCAAAUCCCGGCGUUCUAAAUGACGUUACUAACGGCGCCAAUCCUGGCUGUGGCACGGAAGGGUUUUAUACUGCUCGAUGGUGGGAUCCAGUCUCUGGUCUUGGAACACCGAACUUUCCUAAGAUGCUCGCAUACUUCCUGGCUUUAGAUUAA